ACUAAACUUUUUAAUAAUGGACUCAAAUACUUCUAGUUUUCUUUUGAACUCUUCAACUUUUCACUCAGUUUUCUAUCAGGAUAAGCAAGAUGAUGGCAUAAUUGAUCUUGGUCUUAGUCUUGGAAGUGUUCAACAUGAUGCUUAUCAUUCUUCUUCCAAUUUGUAUGAUGUUGACCUUAUGGAUUGGCCUAAUCUGAAGAAUUCAAGCACAACACAUUGUAGAUCUGCACAUGAAAACUUUGAUGAAGAAAUAGAGGGGGUCCAGAGUAAUGAGAGAUGGGCUUAUGUAAAGGUUAACAUGGAUGGGGUCUCUAUUGGUAGGAAAAUUUGUAUUCUUGAUCAUGGAGGAUACUCAAGUCUAUCAAUUCAAUUAGAAGACAUGUUUGGUAGCCAAUCAGUGUCUGGUAUAAGAUUGUUUGAAUCUGGAUCAGAAUAUUCAUUAUUGUACAAGGACAGAGAAGAUAAUUGGAGGACUGUUGGUGAUGUCCCAUGGAAGGAGUUUGUAGAAUGUGUGAAAAGGCUAAGGAUUGCACGAAAGAAUGGUGGCUAUGUUAACAUUUCAUCUUAGAUAGCAUAGAUAGAUACAACUAAGUUAAUUUGUUUUUAUAUUAUGAUUAUGAUUUUGUAUUGAGUUGUCUAAACUUUGACUAUGUAGUAGUACUUGAUAUGGAUGCAUUAAACUCUUGGCACAUGCUAUUUUAGAUUGUAGUAAAGCAAGUCCUCAUGGAAAAUUGAAAAAUAAUUAUCAUUAAUGAAUCUAAGGACUUUGAUGCUUA